AAUGAAUAUGCAGCGAUACCUGCUAACUUCAUUUCUUAGCAUACUUUCAUUUCCGGUUUACACUUCCAAAACACUUGUUGAGACAACUUCCGGUUUCGUGCGCGGUUUCACUAAAGAGGUCGACGGAACGACAGUUUAUACGUACUUAGGCAUUCCUUUUGCCCAGCCUCCUCUCGGGGAACUUAGGUUUCGCCGGCCGGUACCGAUAGAAAAAUGGACGGACGUUUACAAUGCCACGUCACUUGGGAACUCUUGUUUUCAGAGCCCCUUAGAGUAUUUUAAGGGUAAAAAAGGUGAAGCAUCCGAAGAAAUGUGGAAUCCAAAUACCAAUAUGAGUGAGGACUGUUUACAUUUGAAUAUUUGGGUACCGGAAGUGUCUGCGAAUACGAAACUAACGACUAUGAUUUGGAUUUAUGGAGGUGGUUUCAUAGCAGGAUCACCAACAUUGGAUUUAUACGAUGGUGCAUUGUUGGCAAGUUCACAACAAGUUAUAGUGAUAUCAAUCAAUUAUAGAUUAGGUCCUCUUGGAUUUCUAUAUUUAGGCACCGAAAAUGCCCCCGGAAAUAUGGGAUUACUAGAUCAACAAUUAGCCUUGCUAUGGAUUCAUUCAAAUAUUCAACGCUUUGGAGGUUCUCGGGAUGAUGUAACGUUGUUUGGGGAGAGCGCAGGCGCUGUGAGUGUAAGUUACCACAUUAUGGCAAACAAGUCUCAAAAUCUUUUCAAUAACGCCAUUUUGCAGAGUGCUUCCGCUCUUGCGCACUGGGCAUACAAUGAUCCGGAAGUAGCUUUUAAAUAUGCUGUCAAAUUGGCAGAGGCAUUUGAUUGUGAGUCUAAUGAUAAAAGUUCAAUCAUUGAGUGCUUGAAGACAAAAGACGCAAGCAAAUUUUUUACAAAAAUAUGGACCCUACCUCUCACAGCAGUGACGUUUAAUUUUGUUCCAACUUUAGACAAUUAUUUUAUCUUUGAAACACCUUCUGAUUUCUUUAGUUCAGGGAGUUUGCCCGCGAAGAGGAUAUUAUUAGGUGUAAAUAGGAACGAGGCAAUGUAUUUUUUGUUUUAUAGUUUAUAUAAUGUUAUUGUGACAAACUGGCCAAAUAAUACUCUGGUGAGAACAGAUUAUCUGAACAAUUUACCAGAAUGUGUUUCGCAAAAUGGCAUACAUAAAUUGGACAGUGUAAAAGAUAAACUCAUAAUAGAUGCCAUUUUGUAUCGAUAUGAGAGCCAUCUACUUCCGGGUGAUAAGAAGGACUAUAUGAUGCUUCUUGAUGAUAUAACUGGAGAUUUUGCUUUCAAGUGUCCAACCAUCAGUCUAGGUCAGAAGUACGCCCAGUCUAAUGGCAUGUCCGCUGGUGUGUACAUGUACGAGUUCAACCACCGUCCCUCCGUCAGUUCGUGGCCGGAGUGGUCCGGGGUCCUCCAUGGUGACGAGAUCGAAUUCAUUUUUGGGGUUCCUCUGAGAAAAGGGACCAGGUAUUCAGCAAAUGAACAAUCUCUCAGCCAGGAUAUGAUGCAGUACUGGACCAAAUUCGCCAAAACAGGACGUCCUUCCAGUGAUUGGCCGCCCUAUUCCUUUGAAAACGAGGCAUACCGGAAGUUUUCAACGGAUGUUGGACCGUAUGACAGUGUCUACGACAAAGGGCUCAAACACAGUCACUGCCAAUUCUGGAACGAUUACAUUCCGAAACUUCAGGAAUACCUUAAGCAAGAAGAAGUCAGGUGUGAAAGUGCCGUCAACAUUGGACACCGGAACUCAACAAACUUUAUCACGCAUGCGCUGAUUGCAGUUAUUGUAAUCUGCACUAGUAUAUUAGUUAUUCUUAGGUAGGAAUUGAAAGAAAUUCUGUGUACAGGCAAUAGCACUCAGGACGUAAAUCUUUAAAAUACAUAUACACGUAUGCAUGUAUUAAAAUCAAUUUUGCUUUUUUGAACAUACUUUUUUUAAUGUUAUUUAUCCAGAGGCCUAUCGAAAGAUUUUCAGCUUUAACACAUGCUCUUAUUUAUUAUGUUUUACACAAUGGAUCAUUCCAAACAAAAAAUGAACUAUGUAAGAAACUGAAAAGUGCUACAUUAAAUGAAAGGGAACUAACUUAUUAAUAAAUAAAAAUACAAUGUAUAGGAAGACCAAGGAGAUCAUAUAUUGUCAAUGGGUAACUCAGUAUAAAAAUUGAUUUGGUUUAUUAUUCACACUAACGAGUUAACAAUUGUAAUGAAAUAUUUUUGUUUUGUUUUGUUCGUUUGAAAUUGUGAACAUUUUUUGAUGAUGAACCAGUAAGUCAUAAGAAAUGCAUAUUCUGAUAAACAUUCCUAGGAAUUUGAGAUUCUUUUUUCCCAUUAUGAACACUACUCGUAAGAAUGUUUUGUAAGUUACAUUUAGACAUGUAUGACUUGGAUAACCUUACUGUAAUUAAGUAUAUGAUUUACGAGAUCUUGUUAUUUUGUCUGGAUUUUUUAGAUUAUUUGCUCCAAUAUUCAACCGUUUUAUUUUAAGACCGGGGAACAUAAUCUGGCAAGAUCAGAAAAAUUACGCCUUGUGUCUUUGUCUUCCAUUACAGUCUAAACGUGAC